AUGUCUGUUUUUCAGCGCGUAGCUUCACGAUCGCUACGAACGGCUACUGCGUUUCCCCGUACUCUUCCAAUCAUCCGAUGUCAGUUCCAGCAUGAUGUAAAGAAUCCUCCGCAAGGCAACCCYCCAGUAGCAGGCAGAGGACCACCCGACGCACCCAAAGAGGAGGCCGCGGCACUCAAGGAUAAUUCCAAAGCAGGAAGCUAUUUGGGAACGACUAAGCGGUUGCCCGAAUUCAAUCUCAACGACAAGGUCGUUCUUGUCACAGGAGCUGCAAGAGGGCUCGGUCUAGUGCAAGCAGAAGCGCUUCUCGAAGCUGGUGCCACCGUCUACGCGCUUGACCGAUUACCAGAGCCAUCUCCCGAUUUCUACCGCGUGCAAAAGCGCGCAGCCGAAGAACUCGGGACCACCUUGCAUUAUCGACAGAUCGAUGUUCGCGAUGUACCACAACUUAACGAGAUCAUUCGUAAUAUCUCCGAGACUCAGGGCAAGCUUGACGGCUUAAUCGCUGCAGCAGGAAUACAGCAGGAAACGACCGCCUUGGAUUACACCGCGAAGGAUGCGAACACCAUGUUUGAAGUGAACAUUACGGGAGUGUUCAUGACUGCGCAGGCAGUGGCCAAGGAGAUGAUCAGACAUGGACGAGGUGGAUCCAUUGCAAUGAUUGCAUCGAUGAGCGGCACAGUUGCGAACCGGGGUCUCAUCUGUCCGGCGUACAACGCCUCCAAGGCUGGCGUGAUCCAGCUCGCGCGCAAUCUCGCCAUGGAGUGGGGAACACACGGUAUCCGCGUGAAUACCAUCUCUCCAGGCUACAUUGUAACCGCAAUGGUCGAGGCUCUUUUUGAACAGUAUCCCGAGAGGAGAAGGGAUUGGCCAACGCAAAACAUGCUGGGGAGGUUAUCGGCUCCAGAAGAAUACAGAGGCGCCGCAGUUUUCCUGGUCAGCGAUGCCAGCUCUUUCAUGACCGGCUCGGAUCUGAGGAUAGACGGAGGGCAUGCGGCUUGGUAG